GCCAGCAUGGUUCAAAAAGAAGCUGUCCUAACCGAUAAGGCACCACUACCUCUGCCUAUCUUCUCACAGGCAAUCAAAUGUGGACCUAUGGUUUAUUGCUCUGGAAGCGUUGGCAUGAAUCCAAGUACCAAUACGUUGAUCGAAGGUGAAGUUGGAGCUCGUGCUGAACAAUGUCUGAAGAACUUGAGCAUCAUCCUAGAGGAAGCCGGAAGUAGCCCUGACAAGGUUGUUAAAGUCAAUAUUUUCCUGACCAACAUGGAGAGCUUUGCGCCAGUGAACAUGGUCUAUGAAAAGUACUUUAAUAAGGAACCAAAGCCUUGCCGCACUUGCGUAGCUGUGUUUCAGUUGCCGCUAAGCACCGAUGUUGAGAUCGAAUGCGUAGCGCAUUUGUGA